UAGUUAACCUCAAACCUGUAUAUUUCAUACAUAGUCGGUCUGAAUAAAACACGUGUGCUUUCUUAGUUCUAGAAUUAUGUCUAACUUAGAAGGAAAAAAAGGUAAAAAACGCAAGUUGAAAAUAGUUCAAGAUGAAGGAAUCAAAAAAGAUGAAUCAAAUGGAAUAGCAAAAAAGAAAGAGGAUACAAUUGCGAAGAAUGAUGAUACAAUUACAAAGAAUGACGAAAGGAAAAAACGACCCAAGAAAAAAAAAAACAAUAUUUCUAAUGGUUGUGAGAGUGAAGAAGAAACCACUGGUGAUGCACCCCCCAAAAAAAAACUGAAAUCGUCUGAGGGAGCCAAAAAUAAUACAUCUGCUGACAAUGAUUCUGCACCAAACUUCAACAUUCCGAUUACGUAUGAAACAGAGUUUGCAGCACUAGAUAUUUGUGAAGAGACAAAAAAUGGAAUCGUUGAUAUGGGAUUUACUAAAAUGACAGAAAUUCAAGCUAAAAGUAUUCCCCCUCUGUUAGAAGGCAGAGAUUUAGUAGGCGCAGCGAAAACAGGGUCGGGAAAAACCUUAGCAUUCCUUAUACCUGCGAUAGAAAUGAUCUUCAAAAUGAAGAUAUCACCAAGACAUGGUACUAUGGUGAUGAUUAUUUCCCCUACCAGAGAAUUAUCAAUGCAGACUUUUGGUGUCCUUAAAGAACUUUUAAAAUACCAUUCUCUUACAUAUGGCUUAGUUAUGGGAGGUGCUAAUAGAACGAUGGAAGCCCAAAAACUGUCCAAAGGUAUCAAUAUACUUGUUGCGACACCUGGAAGGUUAUUAGAUCAUAUGCAAAACACACCGGACUUCUUAUAUAGGAAUUUGCAAUGCUUAGUUAUUGAUGAAGCUGAUAGAAUUUUGGACAUUGGCUUUGAAGAGGAUAUGAAUCAGAUUAUAAAACUCAUACCAAAAAAUCGUCAAACUAUGCUAUUCAGCGCCACUCACACUGAAAAAACUGAGGCCUUGACCAAAUUUGCGCUAAAGAAAGAACCUAUAUAUGUUGGGGUAGAUGACAACAAGGAAACUGCUACUGUGGCAGGUUUGGAACAGGGUUAUGUUGUAUGUCCAUCAGAAAAAAGAUUGAUGGUUCUUUUCACAUUUUUGAAGAGAAAUAGAAAGAAGAAGGUCAUGGUGUUCUUCAAUAGUUGUAUGUCUGUCAAAUUCCAUCACGAACUAUUUAAUUAUAUAGAUAUGCCUGUAAUGAGUAUACAUGGUAAGCAAAAGCAGAUGAAACGGUCAUCAACAUUCUUCGAAUUCUGUAAUGCCGAAUCAGGUAUACUUUUGUGUACUGACGUUGCUGCUAGAGGUCUUGAUAUUCCAGCAGUUGAUUGGAUCGUACAGUAUGAUCCUCCAGGUGAUCCAAAAGAAUACAUUCAUCGCGUAGGACGAACAGCCAGGGGUGAAGGAAGUAGUGGACAUGCACUACUAAUUUUGAGACCUGAGGAACUAGGUUUCCUUUGGUAUUUGAAACAAGCUAGAGUACCACUCAAUGAAUAUGAGUUUGUCUGGAGUAAAGUUGCUAAUAUUCAGUUACAGUUGGAGACACUGAUAAGUAAAAAUUAUUUCCUACAUAUGUCAGCAAAAGAAGCUUUUAAGAGUUAUGUGAGAGCAUAUGACUCUCACUCUCUGAAAACAAUAUUCGACAUAAAUACGUUGGACCUAAUUGAAGUUGGGAAGUCUUUUGGCUUCACAACACCACCAGCGGUGGAUCUGAAUGUUAAAGGGACCAGGCCAGAGAAAAGAAGAGGAGGAGGUGGUUUUGGAUCUUAUAAAAAUCUGAACUCUCUUGAAAAUAAAAAGUUGGUAUACCGACAAGUACAGAAGAAAAAUAAUGGAAAUGAUCGCAGGCAAUUCACAAGAUAAUUUUGCAACUAUUGCAAAUUGUGAAAAAUAUAAUUUAUUACUUGUUAUAAGAACGUUCAUUUGUAAAUAUAUUUUAUACAUCAUGAAUAAAGAGUAAUAUUCACUGUCA